AUACUUAUAAGGAUUUUUUCAAUAAUUAAAUGUAAAUACCUUCCUGAUUGCAUGGAAACCACAAGAAAAUUUUUCUAACACCCCGUUUAAACUAGAACAAAAAAUCCUGUUCCUAUUUAAAAGGGGUCAUUUUUUUUAUAAAGAAAAUUUUUUUAAAGUUUUAAAUUUAAAAGUGAUAAAUUUAAACUCAAUGUUUUUUAAUUAUGAAAAAUUAAUUCAAAAACUUAAUUGAUUCAGGUUGAAAGCUAUACAAAUAAUAUUCUAUUUGCACUUUUUCUGAAAAAAAUAAUUAUCCAAAAUUAAAGGGAGGUUUAAAGUAGCGAAAAAAAUGAAAAAUUGCCUAUGUUUUGUAUAAAUUUAAAGGGGGAGUAAUUAUUCCUAGUUUAUAUGAAAAUCCACCAAUUUUGGUCAUUUAAAUUGUAAAUAUCAACUGAUAAAAAUGCAUAAUAAUGAAUAUGGAUGAAAUUAGUACUAAUGAUGACGUUCAUGAAGAACUCAUUGCCGCGAAGCGCUUAAAUCAUUUUAAAGAAAAAUCUGAUCCUAAAAGCUCUAAAAAGCUUCGAGCUAGGGAGCCAAGAGAAAAUGCAAGUUUAAAGAAAAGUAAUCAAAAUUCAGAAAUUUCAGAGAAUGAGGCAAAUUUUAAUGGAUUUUUGUUUAAAAAACCACAUCUUCUUCCAAAAAUUGCUUUAAAUGAAAAACAGCCUUCAGAACAGAACCAAAAACCUAAAGAUAUAUUAGUUAAAAGCCAUGAUUCUUCCAUUGGUCAUCAUAAAAAAGUAGAAAAUAAAGAGGAGGAAAAAAUGAUAUACCUAGAGUCCACAAUAACAUCUGACUCAAAUGCACCAAGCAUCAGGAUAUUUUGCUCUAUUUGCUUUUCCACACAACUAGAACGGGUUGAACUUGUUUGUAACCAUACUUUUUGCAAAAAAUGUAUCCUUUUAUUAUUUGAAAACAUGAUAAACCUAGGCCGAGUUAUGCCAGAAGAGAUUUUAUGCCCAAACUGCAAUACAAUGAUCUCGGAUGAUUUCGUAAACAAGCAUAUUUCUCAAGAUCAGCAAACUAAAAUAAAUGAACUGAGGGUAAAUAUAAAGAUGCUGAAACUUGUGGCUGAAAAUAAAGCGGUUCAUUGCCCUGUUCCAGAUUGCAAAGGGUUUGGAUAUAUUUCUCCUAAUGAUAUACAUACAGCCUGUAGUGCAUGUAAAGCAGGAAUUUGUGUGGUUUGCAAGAAUGGAGCUCACCCAGGAAUGACCUGUGAGGCUUAUAAAAGCCAGUUCGCAGAAUUUAAACUUGAUGAAAUGAUGCUUAGCAGAAACUGAAAAAGAUGCCCCAAAUGUGGAGCAGCUUGUAUGCGAGAAGAUGGCUGCAAUUAUGUCAUUUGCCAAUCACCAAUAUGCAGAGGUACGCAACCAUUUUGCAAUCUUUGCGGGAAGCCAUUAGUUCAAAAACAGCAUUUUAGUCAUUUUUUAGCUCAAGGACCGUUUGGAAAUAUUUGCAAUACAUUGGAUGGGACACCAGAGCCUCCAGCUUAG